AUGCCGAUCGAGUCUCACCACCCUCCAAUUUCGAUUCCGCCAGUCGAUUUUUGGACUUUCUUAUUUGAAAGACCAGAUCGGAAAUAUCCAGACGACCACGUACUUUUUGUAGAUGUCACAACACAGAAGAGGCAUACCUUCCGAGACAUUCGCAAGGCAUCGGUCGAAAUCGGUCGAGGUCUUCGAAACCAAUGGAGAUGGCAAAAGGGGGACGUCAUGGUCCUAUUUUCUCCUAACACUGCGGACAUCGGAGCUCUUGUGUUGGGAAUCCUAUGGGCAGGCGGCACCGUUUGCCCCGUAAAUAAUCUUUACACUGUCGGAGAAUUGGUCUCGGUGCUGAAAUCUUCUGGAGCCAAAGCUUUGACGACGCACUUGGGCUGCCUCGAAGUAGCUCGAGAAGCUGCUCUCGUCGUGGGAUUGCCUCUCAAUCGUAUCAUACUUAUCGGAGGGCCUGACACGAAGGAAAUGACGAAACAUUUUUCGUCGCUGCGAGAUUCAUCAAGUGGAGGAGAAAAGGUGUUGAUAAAUCCUAAAGAGGACCUGGCAUUCUUGGUAUAUUCGUCUGGGACCACGGGUCUUCCGAAAGGAGUUAUGCUCUCGCAUGAGAACAUCGUCGUCAACAUUUUGCAGAGCAAUACACCGGAAAAACAUCUGGUGACCUGGGAUAAUGAUUCAGUCAUCUCUUUUCUACCUAUGUUUCAUAUUUACGGUGUUGCGGUCAUGGUUUUCCACCCUAUAUAUAAGGGAGUCACUAUGCAUAUUAUGCAACGGUUCGACUUGCUACAGCUAUGCCAAAGCAUCCAGUCCAGCAAGAUUACAGUUGCAUAUGUUGUGCCACCGGUGGUACUUGCCCUUGCAAAACAUCCGGUAGUGGACAAGUAUGAUGUUAGUUCACUUCGGGAAAUGCAUUCUGCCGCUGCACCUCUCGGCACCGACUUGAUCGACAUGAUUUACAAAAGGUUGAAGGUGCCAAUCAAGCAGAGUUACGGAAUGUCAGAAACAUCGCCUGCGAUUACUACUCAAAGUAGGGAAAGCUGGAACAAGCCACCCGGUUCAGUAGGCAAGCUCCUGCCUUCUAUGAGCAUGAAAGUCAUGGACGGCGAGCACGAGGUUCCACCGGGCCAGGAAGGAGAGAUCUGGAUAAAAGGCCCCAACGUCUUCAAAGGCUACUACAAGAACCCAAAAGCAACAGCCGAUGCUAUCGCCGAUGGCUGGUUUCGCAGUGGUGAUAUUGGCUAUAUCAACAAUGAUGGGAACAUCUUCCUUACCGAUCGCUUCAAAGAAAUGAUAAAGUACAAUGGAUUUCAAGUUGCGCCUGCACAGCUCGAAGGUUUGUUGUUAGGGCACCCUGCUGUUAAUGAUGUCGCGGUGGUCGGAGUUUACAGCAAAGAAAGGGCGACGGAGCUACCGCGGGCGUACAUUGUUCCUGCAGAGGGUCACACACCUGGUGAAGAUUUGGAGACAGUCAUCAGUGCAUGGUUGCAUGAGAAAGUGGCUCCAUAUAAGAAGUUGCGUGGUGGGAUCAGGUUUAUUGAUGAGAUACCUAAGAGUGCUACUGGGAAAGUUUUGAGACGAGUGCUGGCAGAACAGGCGAAGAGGGAGCAGGAGGGGGGCAGGAAGGCAAAGCUAUAG